AUGUCCGAUCCAGCGCGAGGCGCCGAGACGACGCCACUGCUGAACGUCGUCGAAACCAGCGAGCGCUCGCGAGGGUCCCAGACGCGCGCGAAGUCAUCGACGAAAAAGUUCGUCGCCGUCGCCGGCGGCGUCGCUCUCUUCGGCCUCGGCGCGGCGGUCUCGUUCGACGACGGCGAAAGAUUCGCGGCGUUGGGGUCUCGAUUGAGCGCGUUGCGCACGCAGCGGUGGGAGAAUGCGAGGGCGCGAAGGAUUCGCGACAAAGCCGUGGCUGAAGCCGGGAUGGCGCCGAAGCCAGAUCCGACCGCCCCGAAAGUUCCCGUGACAUUUCGCGUGCUCACGAGCUGCAUCGAUGAUCGCGUGCGAGCGUUGGCGCCGGCCGGUUUCUUCGACGCCGCGAUCGUGGAUGCGCGCGUUGUGAGUCAUAACUACGAGACGUACGGGCCCAAGAACUUUUUCGCCUGGAAAAACGGUCACAAGAUGACGCCAUUCGAUGAUCCCAGAGCGUAUGGAUCCGGAUUCCAGGUCACAACGGAUGCGAUCGACUGGGAGUUCGGAUUCGCGCUUAAGAACGCGAACGGGGUGAAGUGGUAUGAAAUUGGCGUUGGCAAGCGCGGCGUGAAGAAAGGUUUAGCGGCGGUCAAAGCGCCGUUGGCUGGACUGAAUAUCAACGGCGACGACGGCGAGCCAGGGUGCGCGCAGUUAUACGGUGAUUAUUUCAAUCGGGCGUUCACCAGAGAGGAGAAGGAGGGUAACGUCAUAUCGUACGUUUUCGGCUCGUGCGCCGAGACUUGCGUGCCGCCGCCCCCGCCCCCGCCGCCGCCGUCACCAUCGCCGCCACCACCGCCACUACCGUCACCAUCGCCGCCAUCGCCGCCACCACCACCGCCACAAUCUAUCGCCGACUUGGGACAAUGCAUGAACGUGAACAUCCAUGCCUCGAAAAAUCCGACGACGGUGGACACCGAGCAUUUUGCCGCGACGGAGACAAACAACGAUUGGAACUUCGACCACCAAGGUCUCUACAAAAUCAGCACAUCAAGAACUCUCAACGCUUCCAGCGUGUACUACGCAAACACAGUGUCGACCGAUCCCGAGCAAAUGUGGUUUCAAAAUUAUCGGCGUACAACGUCGAUGUCGUACGCGUCUGGCUCGAUUCAAAUCAACGCCCAAAAUACGCCGCGUGAUCAAAACAAGGAGUGGUCCAGCGAGGCGAUCAGCGCUUCGCGUGUCGAUAUUUUGAAAACAUCUUCGUUGACCGCAUCCGGCACGAAGCUCGGGGCGGGCGUAGUGUAUCUCGGUUCGGGAAGAGGGCAAACAUCGGUCACGGUGAACCACAAUUUUGACACGACGGGGGAAUACGUCGUAUUUGCCAUGGUCGUGAACGCAAAGGCGAACAACCAGCCGGCGAACCGCGUCAUCAGCGAUGGAUUCGGCGCCCAUAUUUUCGACAAGGCCGCCAACGCCUUCAAAGUCCAAUACGGUCGUCACACCAAAACUCAAGGUUGGGGCGACAGUGACUACGUCCUUCACUGGCUGGCGUUCAAGACGUCGUCCAAUCCUUCGACAGCUCACGGCACCGUCGUCGCGGCGAACAUCGUCGACGUCCCUAAUACCGACGCCUAUCGCACCGGCGCCUACAACACGCUCUGUGUGAGGCACGAUCUCGGGACGUCAGCGUAUAAAUGUUUCGCCCAAGUCGUCGCCAAAAUGCCUGCAUCCAAGUGGACGACGAGCUCAAACGCCCUCUUCGUCGUAGAGUGCGAAGCCUCCGAGAAUUACGUAUACUUCUCGAUGGCGUACACUGGAACGUCAACCUCAAGCCCCGUGUCCUCCGGAAACGUCGAUUACACGCAGCUUUCGAUCGAGUACAUGCUCGUGCGUGACUAG